AUGAGCUAAAAUUUCCAAGGUUAAAACAAUGCUGGAGGAGGAGGAUUCGGAUUUGGUGCUCCUCAAAAUGCGAGCUCAGGUUUUUUAGCAUUCUAGGUACAAAGUUAGUCGAAGAUUUAGCCUAACCUCUUUAAUGUAAAUAAUGUGAAGUCAGUUAUACCGCAAGUAAUGGGAUCCAAGCCAAAGUAGAACUAUCAAGCUAAUCAACCUAAGUAAUCAAGCUCAAAUAUUUUUGCCUAGUAUGGAGGACCUGGAGGAUAUUAGCCCUAAAAUUAACAAUAAAAUUUGGCCAAUUAAUAACAGUAAAUGCAGGGAGGUGGUAAAAAAUCUGUGAAAAAUUUUAAAAACUAGAAUCAAUCUUAGAUGAUGCCUUAAACUCAACAAAACUAAUAAUUACUUGGAAAGACUGGUAAACCAAUAAAAUAAUCUGUUGCUCAGAACAAUAAUAAUUUUCCAUUUGGAAAUACUUUUCCUAAUAGUGCAGCUCCAUUUAAUUAAUAAAGUCAAAGUCAAAGCUUAAAUAAUACUUUUGGCUAGAAUCAAGGAUUCAAUCAAUUUAAUUAACCCAAAGCUUUAAGCUCCACUCAGCCAUAGAAUAAUAAAACAUUGGGAUAACAUAAUUAAAUCUAGAAGAAGUAGCCAUAUAAAAAAUAGGGACAAUAUUAGUAAUCACAAUAACCCAAUGAUAUGUAAAUGGAUUCACCCCUCAAAGGCAACUAAUAAUAGUCUCAGAAUAGUUAUCAAUCCAAGUUUGGAAAUUAAGGUGCCAACUAGCUCCAAGUUAAGAAAGCUAAUAGCGUAAUUACUAAGCAUAUCAAUCAGAAUUAGCCAGUUGUAGGAUAAAAAUAAAUUUUCCAAACAUAAAAGAAAUAAGUACCUACUUUUAUUUAGGGAAAGUCUGGGUCUUAGCAACCAAAGGGAAAUUAACUUGAUAUUAGUGAUACUCAAAUGUCUAUUCAACCAUAGGAAACUAUCUCAAGUCAUUCAAAUAUAAGCAAACCAUCAAGUUUAGCAACUUCUGGAAAUCAAUCGCUAUCAAAAUUUCAAAACAAAAAUUCAAGCAAUGCACAAGCAGCUGGAGGUAUCAAUAUAACUAAUUAAAAUAAAAACGGAACUAAUUAGGAUUCGAAAAACUCUUCAAAGCAAAGAUCACAAGGAGGAACAGGAACUUAGGAUAACUUAGAUGAAGAUGAACAAUAGUACGACGAUGAAGACUAUGACGAUGAGUACUACGAUCACGAAAAUUAUUACGAAGAAGAAGGCUAAGGCGAUCUAAUUAAGGAAUAGAAACCUAAGAAUUCUACUACCCAUGAAGUUGAGAAACCAUAAUAAGUCUCUGGGUAAAAAGUCUGCAAAAGUUUCUUAUAUGGUACUUGUAAAUUCGGAGCUAAGUGUAGGGACUAGCAUCAAGGGCAAUCGAAAAAUGAUGCACACUCUAAGGCUCCUCAAAAACCUAUUUGUUAGUUUUUCCUUAAAAAUAGUUGCACCUAUGGAGACAAGUGCAAGAACUCUCAUGAGAUAGACCCAUAGUCAGUGGCUGAUAUUGCAAAGAAUCUUUUAACCUCGGGCAACUUGCCUAAAGGAUUUGAUGCCAAGAAAAUGCAAUAACUAAUAGAAUAAACUCAAAAUUAGAAAAGUGGAGUACCAUUUGAUGAAGAUUAUUAUGAUGAAGAAGAGGAACCUGAGGAAGAAAUAGCUGAUAAUUAAGAUUAAGAAGAAGAUUAGACUAAUCCUAUUACAGAAAAACUACCUAUGGGUAAGAUUGCAGAGCUAAAUAAAGGCAAAGUCAUCAGUCUUCAGGCUUUAAAAGACCAGAAUGCAAAGCUUGCUGCUUAAGAAGAAGAAAAGAAAUCAACUGACAUAAAGAAACCAAUUGCAAAGAAAAGUUUAAAUCCUAUGUAAUCAGCCCAAAAAACAUUGAAAUCAAUCGAUUAACCACAAGAAAUUAAUAAGCCUCUUCUGAUUCAGUAAGCACCAAAAUCAAAUCAAAAUGACAAUAAGAUCUUCGCAAUGCCUACAGUAGUAUCAUCUGCUACUAUUACAAAAAGAAGAUAGGAGAUUAUUGAUGAGUUAAAAAAGAUUUAGAGCAAUCCUUAAUCUCACUUAAUUCGAGGAAAAGCAGAGUUAUUAGCAUUCUGCUCUGACUAGGAAAUCUAAAGUCGUUCUGAAAUAGAUGCUUCUUCUGCAUCAAAGUUUGAAAGAGAUAGGUAAGGCUAAGGGUUCCCUCAAUAUGCCAUAAAAGCUUACAGUAGAAGUGCUGCUGAUAAAGUCAUGAAUGAGGUAUCUGAAAUAAGACCACCUAUUGUGCUGUAUAAGAUUAUUGAAUAUCUAAGAGACUGCAUUGCUGAUCAGGAUAUGCUUGGCCCUGGAAAUAGUACUUUUAAAUGGAUCGACCCUUCUUUUGGAGACAUCUACAGUUUCAUCAGGGAUAGAGGUCGUUGUGUAGCUUUAGAUUUCAUCAUUAUCGAUCAGAAUACCAAUCAGUACUACAUCAAAAGUCUAGAGGAACUUUCAAGAUUCCUACUUAUGUCUUAUCAUGAUGGCUUUACAAGUGAGGUCUUUGAUACUUACUAAAAUACAUAGAUUCUAACAAAAAACUUAGGAUCUCUCAAGAAUUGUUAUGAAUAAGUAGAACUAGAUGCUUCAAUUCCUCAAAAUUUAAAGAAGGAAAUGAUGAAGAAUAAGAUAGAAUUUUUAUCAUACUUACUAAUUGCUAGUUCAAAAGACUCUGUAAUUACUAGAGCAGAAAUAGCUAGCAUAGACAUCUUAGCCAUCGAUCCCAAAGACUAUGAGCUUAUGAAAUAAGCCAUUAAAAUAAACUCAGCGAUUUAGAAUGGAGAUGCUACUAGAUACUUUAAAUUACUAAACUCUAAAGAUAUCAAUUAUCUCUUCAAAUGCAUGAUGAUAAACUUCCUUAAUGAGAUGAGGCUUACUCUAAUUGAAUAAAUUGUGAAGGGAUUUAAUAAUGGAUUGAAUAAAGGCAUGGUUGAAUUAGAUUUUAUGCAAAAAGUGCUUAAAUUUAUUGACUCCGAUGACACUGCUGAAUUCCUAGAAGCUGCUGGAUUUACCUAAGUAGGAUAUGAUCAAAUAAAGCUCAGUGAGAGAAAACAUAUUGAUCAAUGGAAAGAAAAAGUCAAUAUUUGGAGAUAAAAGAACAGACUGACAUUCCUAGAUGAAAUGAGAGGCAUUUAACCCAGAUCUUUCAUUAUGAAAAAUGGAGUUGAUUCAGAGGAUUAGAGGAAAAGAGCUGAAUAGCUCAAAAUUAAGCAUUAGUAAGAUUAAGAGAAAAAAUAAAAAGAGCAAAAACUAUUGGAAGAGAAAAAUUUAGAGAAGCAGAAGAUAGAAAAGGAGAAGCAAGAGAUUGAGAAAAAGAAGCAAAUUGAGAAAGAACUUCAAAUGAAAGCUAUAGAGGAGAAAGAAAGCUUAGAAAGAGAAGCCAAGGAGAAAAAAGAGAGGGAGGAAAAGGAAAGAAUUAUGAGAGAAAUAGAGGAGAAAAAAAGAUAAGAAAAAAUUGCACAUGAAAAGAAGAUGAAACUUCUUAAGAAGUUUUAGACUAUCGGUAUCAAAUACAGAGAAAUCAAGGAAAAUAACAAAUACGCUUAAAUGAGGAAAGAGUUUCUAGAAUUUGGAAGAAGCUUUAAGAAGUUAUUGGGCAAGAGAAAAGAUAGAGACAUGGUCUAGGAGCUAGAAACUCAAAUAAUUGAAAUGUUUUAGCAAGAAGCAUUUAUACCAAUCCAAAACAGGGAAUAAAUUUACAAAACACUUAGCAGCCUAGAUCUAGACUUCAAUCAAAUUCAAACAUUCAAAAUGAAGGAUUGGAUUAGCUAAGUCAUUCCUGAGAGAUAAGGCCAUCUACAACUUAAAUUAAUUUCCUCUAGAAUAAGACCAAAUAACAAACCUGAGCAACUCUGGGAAAUUCUCUAGAUCCUCAUUUUGCUAUUCAAUAACAGUUUGAAUCCUAAACUUAGCAACACUAUGCUAAAGAGUUAAUACAAUACAGAUAUAAAUGAUGAACUGAGCCUGGCUUUUAAGUAUGAAGAAAUUGAAAAGUUAAAUGAAAUACAAAAGCAAAAUCUUUUCUUAGAGACUAAUCUUAUAAUGCUUCUGACUGACUCUGCAAGUUUUGAAAAAGAUUUGAAAUUCAUUAAGGAGUAAUUAAAGUUAUACCCUCAAUUUUCAAGACUCAACUUCCUAAUAAUGAUCUAUGGGAAUGACUACAGCGAACUAUAGAGUUUGCAAGAUAAGCUUAAUAUGGCUUUAGUUGAUGACUUAAGUUGCCACAGAGUGCUCAAUCUUUAAAUCAUCCCUCUCUGCUUCCAUAUCCCAGCUAGAAAGAAGACAAUCCCAUAACUAGCCUAUCCACAAACCCUUCGUGCUUUAAUAUUAGCUUAUCUUCUUAGAGAUCUUGAGAAAUCCUUGCUUAAAAGUAAAAUUUUUAAUGAUACCCAGCAGAAAUUAAUCCCUAUUUAACUCUCAGAAAUACUUUAAAAUUCGCUGGUUGAUAUAACUCCAGUAAUUGAACAAGUAUAGGAGGAUAAUUUCAUGCAGUAUGAAAGCUUCUACAAGAAAUUCUUCUAAGAUCUCUAAGUGUCUUCAGGGGCAAAGUUAUAUGAGUUAACCAAAUUGAAUGAAAUUUAGAUACUUAAUUUCUGGUUCCUCACUCUAAACCAACUUUUAUAGCCAGUGAUUGAAUCACUUUAAGAUUCAAUACAAAUGAUCGUACUUACCAAGAAAAAGAAUGCAGAGAUGAGUUCAAAAGCAAACAAAGUAUUAGAUAGUUUAAAAUUGAUUUAAAACAUUGAAAGGCUAAAGAAUUUCACAUAUCCAACUGAGUAUGACAAGAAUUUGAAUGCUGAUCACGUAAACUAUCUGAUUCAAAAGGAAUUCAAAAAAGCUAAUGUUGAAAUUCACAUCAUUUCCAAAAUUGAAAACAUAAUCAGCUAUUUAUUCAGGUACAAGUCAAUCUAGGCCUUGCAUAAAAAUAGAAGUAAGUUAUUAGAGAAGUUAUAAUAAAUUAUAGGAUAUUUCAAGGCGUCUUAGUUAUUCUAAUAACUGUUCAUGCUUUUGUUUUCUGAAGUGAAUGAAACUCAUAUUUCAUACUUGACACCAAAGAAAUUACUUUCCCUUUAAGAUGUUGAUUAUGAAAUUAUAUAGAAUAAGCUACAAAAACUUAAUUCUUAAGGUCAAAACACUCUCCUACAGUUAAAACAGCAAUUCCCACUUGAUUUUAAGGAAUAUUCAUAGCCUCAAAUUCUGAAGCAGACCAAAAGGAUAAAGGGGUAAUAUGCGGUCUAAGAUAACUCUAUACUUGGUAGAUAAAUCUCUAAAAUUGGCUAUGAACUUAAGACUACCAUUCUCUCUGAAAAAUAGAUUAAGGAAAAAAAUGAUCUUGUUAGCUUGGAUAAGGUGAUUGAUGAGUAUAGUAAUCAGACUUAGGAGCUCUAUUCUGAAUAUAAGGAAUUCAGAAAACUUAGAAGGACUGAAGUCCUUGAAGAUGCUAAUAGAAGCACCAAGAGGAUUAAGUAAGAUAAAUUCGACAUUGAGUAGAGUGCCAAGUUUCUGCAAGAAUAAAAGAAGAUUCUUGAGAACAUGACCAAGAAAGCUAAAAGUAAUAUUCCCUUAUUUGUUACAAGAAGUUAAGUCAGUAAGACUUGA